AUGGGUAUGUUCAUCAUUGACGAGUUCCAAUUCCUCGAUCCCACCUCGGGCAAGGACCUGGGCAACAGGGGUCUGGAGGAUCAGAUCGGUGGAGGGGGCUGCUACUUUGCGAUAGGAGCGCGGGUCUUCCUACCACCUUCAAGCAUCCAAAUGGUCAUUGAUCGCGGGUCCGAUUGGAGGGAGCAAGAUCAGGCUGUACUGGACCGAUUCGAUCGCUCUUCCAUCGAAGCUGGUCCGUCGUCCAUGUGGCACUACAGGUCGAGACCGGGUGGCACAACGAGGGCGGUCAAUAUCUACAAGGGCGAACAUCGCGGCUUCAACUAUCUUUCGCCAAAGAUUCGACUCGAGCCGAAGGAUUUGUUGCAGUGCAGCACGGCUGAUCCGAAGAGUCUGCCCGAAUGGAUCCAUUUCAUAUGCUCGCCUGAGAGAGCGCUCGAGUCGAUCUCGCAGAUCGAUGACAUACUCGCCAAGGACAGUUGUGCAAGAGCCUUUCCCAAGCUGGUCUACGAACCAAUACCGGACUCGUGCGUCUUCGAGAACCUGCAGGACUGUCUAAAGGUGCUGCCGAGAUUGGCCGUGUUCAGCCCGAACCACGAAGAGGCUGCGGACCUGCUUGGGCUGGGCGAGGAAUGGCAACGAGCGCUUCAGCAGGCUUUGUCAGACACAGACUGCACGACUGAUCUCAUCGUACGCUUCAUCACGAACAAGCUCGCUUCUGGCUUCACGAAAAACCUGCAGCGACCAGAGGAAGGCGAAGGCAAGGAGCACGGACCAUUCGGGCCUAUCAUCUGCAUUCGUAGCGGCGCAUGGGGCUCUGUGGUGGGUCAAGCAGGGCUCGGAUUCCGACACGUUCCAGCAUGGCACACAUCACCCGAGUCGUCUGAACAGGGACGUAGUGCGGAGGGCAAGGCUGCUCCCGAUACGAGUUCUUCUCGCAUCAAGGACGUGACAGGCGCAGGAAACUCCUUCCUCGGUGGCUUUAGUGCACAUCUCGUGCAGACACAAGGAGAUGACGAAAGAGAACCGAUGGAUAGGCUGGUGGAAGCAGCGAGGCAUGGAGCGGUCUCUGCUUCCCUGGUCAUCGAGCAGCUUGGGUUGCCAUCAUUCGAUGUCAAGGACGGCCAAGAACUCUGGAAUGGCCAUACAGCUGCAGAACGUCUCGAUCUGCUGCGAGCAAGGCUCUCGUAG